UUUCGUUUUCCCUAAAACAAGAAAGCAAAAGAAAAGCAAAGGAGAAGAGAAAAUGGUGAACUAUGUGCUCAAAAUCACCGCUGAUCUCGAGAAUCUGACUAAUCUCCAGCCUUCAGGUGGCUGCGACGAUUCCAACUUCCCUUACCUCUUCAAGUUGAAAUGUGAAAGAUGCGGAGAGGUGACUCCGAAAGAAACAUGUGUUACUUUGAAUGAGACUUUUACUCCUCCGGGAGGUAGGGGUACUUGUCAUCUUGUACAGAAGUGUAAGUUCUGUGGAAGGGAAGGGAAUGUGACUAUGAUUCCGGGCAAAGGUCGACCUUUAACUCUGGAAGAUUCUGAGGCUGGAGAACAUGCUCCUCUUAUGGUGUUUGACUGUCGGGGAUAUGAACCCAUCGAUUUCGGCUUUGGUGGAUAUUGGAAAGCUGAAGCUGGAUCUGGAACUAAAUUUGAUGACAUUGAUUUGUCAAGCGGGGAGGAAUUCACAGAGUAUGAUGAGAAGGGAGAAUGCCCAGUAAUGAUUUCGAACUUCCGUGCAAGCUUCAGCGUCACCAAGUAGAAUUGGUGCCUGUUGUCUAUUUUCUGAUUCUCGCCAUACUUGGUGUAUGUAAAAACCAUGGGAUGAUCAUUUCUCAAGUUCUAAUAAAAUUCUCUUUUACUAUU